GAUCAACCGGCGACAUCGAGGGAGAUCAGCGGCGGGGUGCGCGACGAGCUGCUGGCGGGUGGCCAGGCGGCCAUCAUCAUGUUCGACAUUGCCUCGCUCCAGUCCUACCGCCACGUCGGCCUGGCGAUGAUGAGGGUGCGCCAGGACGCGCCGAUGGUGUUGGUGGGCAGCAAGCUGGACGGGCACCACCACCGCCGGCUGCAGCGCAAGUACGUCAUGUUCCACCGGCGCAUGGGCAUGGACUACCACGAAAUCUGCGCGCCCGCCAACCACAACUGGGCCAAGCCGCUCGAGUCCCUCUUCCACAAGUUCACCGGGAAGGAUGUGCGGAUUCGAAUGGAGGAGGUGACGCUGCAGGAGCCGCAGAUCGGACUGGGACCUGAGUUCUUCGCGGCCAUCGAGCAGGACACGGCGGCCGCGGCAAGCCGGGUCCCGCCCGCCAUCUCGGCCGCCUUUCAGGCCUUCCUCUACGCCGAAGGCCGCGCCUGA